CUGUUUUUUUAGUUGUCACGGCGACUUGCGCUUUUCAAGAUGCGUUUGUACUGCCUCAGCGGGGACUUGGCCAAGCCAUGCUACAUCAUCACUUUCAAGGGACUGCGCAUAAUGUUAGACUGCGGCUUGACGGAGCAGACAGUGCUCAAUUUUCUGCCGCUGCCCUUUGUGCAGAGCCUCAAGUUGUCCAAUUUGCCGAAUUUCGUGGCCAGCAUCGAGCACGAUGUCCAGAUGGACGGUGAACUCAAGGAGUGCUGUGGCCGAGUAUUCGUAGACUCUGUUCCCGAAUUCAAUUUGCCCAUGGACAAAAUGCUCGAUUUUAGUGAGGUGGAUGUGAUCCUGAUCUCUAAUUAUCUAAAUAUGCUGGCACUGCCCUACAUUACGGAGAACACAGGCUUUAAGGGCAAAGUGUAUGCGACGGAGCCUACGUUGCAGAUUGGCCGAUUCUUUCUCGAGGAGCUGGUGGAUUACAUUGAAGUGUCGCCCAAGGCGUGCACGGCUCGCCUGUGGAAAGAUAAGUUGCAUCUGUUGCCCAGUCCACUGUGCGAUGCCUUCCGUGCAAAGAAGUGGCGCACCAUCUUUAGCCUGAAGGACGUGCAGGGCAGCCUGUCCAAGGUGACCAUUAUGGGCUACGAUGAGAAACUGGAUAUAUUGGGCGCCUUUAUAGCAACGCCCGUCAGCUCUGGCUACUGUCUGGGCUCCAGCAAUUGGGUGCUGAGCACGGCGCACGAAAAGAUUUGCUAUGUGAGUGGCUCCUCAACGCUAACAACGCAUCCGCGUCCUAUCAAUCAGUCUGCGCUAAAGCAUGCGGAUGUUUUAAUUAUGACGGGAUUGACUCAGGCACCAACCGUCAAUCCGGACACGAAGCUGGGCGAGCUCUGCAUGAAUGUCGCGUUAACCAUCCGUAACAAUGGCUCUGCUUUGAUACCAUGUUAUCCAUCGGGCGUUGUCUACGAUCUGUUUGAGUGCCUUACGCAAAAUCUGGAGAAUGCCGGCUUGAACAAUGUGCCUAUGUUUUUUAUAUCACCCGUGGCGGAUAGUUCGUUGGCCUAUUCCAAUAUAUUGGCCGAGUGGCUGAGCUCGGCCAAGCAGAACAAGGUUUAUCUGCCGGAUGAUCCCUUUCCGCAUGCCUUCUAUCUGCGCAACAAUAAACUCAAGCACUAUAAUCACGUCUUUUCCGAGGGCUUCAGCAAGGAUUUCCGGCAGCCGUGUGUUGUGUUUUGCGGUCAUCCAAGUCUGCGUUUCGGGGAUGCUGUGCACUUCAUUGAGAUGUGGGGCAACAAUCCGAAUAAUUCGAUUAUAUUCACGGAACCAGAUUUUCCAUACCUGCAAGUAUUAGCGCCAUUCCAGCCACUGGCUAUGAAGGCCUUCUACUGUCCCAUCGACACAUCGCUAAACUAUCAGCAGGCCAACAAGCUAAUCAAGGAGCUGAAGCCCAAUGUUUUGGUCAUACCGGAGGCAUAUACAAAACCACAUCCAUCGGCCCCUAAUCUGUUCAUUGAGCAGCCCGACAAGAAGAUCAUAACCUUUAAGUGCGGUGAGAUCAUCAGGUUGCCGUUGAAGCGCAAGCUAGAUCGCAUCUAUAUCGCCUCGGAGCUGGCGCAAAAGAUAUUGGCGCGCGAGGUGGCGACUGGUGUCUCGCUCUCGACGCUCACGGGCGUGUUACAGGUCAAGGAUAAGGUGCACUGCAUCCAGCCGUGCACGGAGAGCGUUAAGGAUGAACCUGGCACAAGCAGCAUGAGCAGCGCAGCGCCCUCCAAAGAGGAUGUAUUGAAGAAUGUCAAAUACGAGUAUGGCACCAUCGAUGUGGAUGCACUAAUGAAGCGUCUGGCUCAGGAUGGCUUCUCCAACAUUAAAAUGGAUCGCACCGGCGGCAAUCUUACGCUGCAGCUAGUCAAUGAGGACACCACCAUCAGAUUCGAGGACAACGAGACUCACAUCAUUUGCAAUGGCAAACCAUCGACACGUCUCAAACUGAGGGACACGCUGCUCAAGUGUUUACAGAGUUUCUAAAAAUCAAGUAUAAUUUACAUUUAUUUUAUAAACAUUUAACUUUAAA